UCUGGGAACAUUUAGCGUGUCUACACACUCUGCACAUCCGCUGCAUCCACUGCGCAGAGUGUAGCCACACCUCUCCUCAGUCCUUGCGCUUUGCUUUGUGGUUUGUUAUUUUUAUUUCGUUAUUAGAACUGUUACCAUUGGGAACUGGUUUAGUCGAUCCGUUCACGAGAAGGGCACCGACUAAGGAAGAUGAUGCCUCCUGACCCGCUGCGAUCGGCGAUGACAAUCGGGAACGCGGAGGACACUUCGCUCGCUGUACCCUCCGAUAACAAGCUGCGCUCGGGACAGCAGCGCGUGCUGGAUCAAGUGCACACCAUCAAGAGGAGCAAGUCCAAACACGGGAAGAACGGCUCAUUGUCUCCCUCACCUACAAGUGUGAUUCCGCAGACUUUGACAACAUACAGUGAAUUUGGAUCGUUCAAGUUUUUGCCAGGCAAAGCAAAUGGCACCUACAGCCGCUCCACCGCGACAACGGGCUACAGCAAAGGGUUCAAUGUUCAGAAGAGUCGCACUAUGUCCACUAAAACUUUGGGAGGAAGACAUUUCAGCUCCUCAGGCACGUGGGAACAGCAAAUCAAAGCCUCCAACUGGCCCCAGAGUCCCAAUGGGCUGAAACCCAGUCGCAGUGACCCUGCCUUGGCUCCUCCAUUUUCUCCUGCCCCAGCACCGGUACAGGCACCUGCACCCCUUAUGAGAGCCAAAGGGCAGACGGUCCAGAGCCAGCACACUGUGCAGACUCGAGUAAAUAGACACAGCACCUAUUCCAUGACCAACGGCUCUCAGCUGACCAACAGCCAGACGCGCAUGGUCCGGCCGCCCUCUGCCCAGUCCCACACUGAGGGCAAGAUGGGUACCAUCAAAACUUCUAAGAUCGAGCUGCAGCAGUCUGCGAUUAACAGUGGGAUAAACCUGUCAGAAAUCACUCUAAAGGAGGCUGUAGAGUACCUGUCUCACCCUGAUGACAAUUUCCAGCAGUUUGGAGCCACCUUCAUCCAACACACCACCUUCAAAGAGGAGCGUGCUAAACAGGAGGUUUCCGAACUAGGGGGUAUCCCCUUUCUGGUAGGCCUGCUGCGGAGCCCCAGCUCUGGGGUGAGCCAGGCUGCCGCUGGGGCUCUGAGGAACCUGGUGUUUAAGGACCAGAACAACAAGCUGGAGGUUCAACACUGUGGUGGUAUAGCUAAAGCCCUGCAGCUUCUAAAAGAGACAGAUUCUACUGAGACUCAGAAACAAAUCACAGGCCUGCUAUGGAACCUGUCGUCCGCCGACGAACUGAAGGGAGAACUAACAGCGACGGCACUGCCAGCCCUGACUGAGAAUGUGGUGGUGCCAUUCACCUGCUGGUCAGACAACAGCGCCAACAACAACAUACACCCUGAUGUCUUCUACAAUGCCACAGGGUGCCUGAGGAACCUGAGCUGCGCCCAGCAAAAGGAGAGGCGUGCAAUGAGAGAGUGCAGUGGCCUCAUCGACGCCCUCAUGAGUUACAUCCAGUCCUGCGUGGCAGAGGAUAACCCUGAUGACAAGUCUGUGGAGAACUGUACAUGCAUCCUCCAUAACUUGACCUUCCAACUGGAGGAGGAGUCCCCUGGGUGCUUCAGAAAGUAUGCUCCUCCGACAGAGGGCAAGAAGAGCCCCACAGUUGGAUGCUUCAGCCCCAAGAGUAACAGGAUUCAAAAGCAGUUUUUGUUUGACGUGAAUCGGCCGAUGCCAGAGGACAGCAACCCGACGGGUGAAAAUUGGUUGAACCAUCCCAAAGCUAUGCAGACCUACCUGUCUUUGCUGGGCUCGUCCCAGAAAGACGCCACCCUGGAGGCCUGCUGCGGCGCCCUGCAGAACCUCACUGCCACCAGGGGACCGGGCUCCAGUGCCAUGAGCCAAAUUCUGGUUCAGAAGUUGGGUGCUCUGCCGCACAUGUCCUCUCUGUUAAAGUCACCUAAUGCUAGCCUGCAGAAGACGGCCAUGUCCCUGCUGAAUAACUUGUCUCGGACCAACGGCUUGCAGACCUCCAUAGCAAAGCAGACUCUGCCUGAGCUCACAAGCCUUCUCUCCUCUGGACCCCGGGAAAUGGGGAAAAACGACGAUACUAUAGCAACAACUUGUAACACAGUACGGAGUCUGAUGCUGGGAGACCCUGAGGUCAGCAAGAAGGUCAUUAAUAAUGAACUGGUGACAUCACUGGCUGACCUCAGCGAGAACGGGUCUUUUCCCAAAGGCAGCAAAGCAGCCUCACUGCUGCUCUACAGCCUAUGGAACGAGAAGAGUUUUCAGGGUGUUGUGAAAAAGAUGGGAUUGGCCAAGUCGCUUUUUGUCAAUGAGAACACCUCAGCAGUGCACAGGGCGAUGCAAGUUAUCGAGUGAGUGCAAUGAAUGAGUGGCACCACGCAAGCCCGAGAGAUGGAAACCAGCAUGUUUAGACACUGCUGUGGCCACACCCUUGCAACAAGGAGAAGUAAAAUUCUUCAUAUAAUAGCCUUGCUGAAAGAUCCUAGCAAUUACAAGUCAAUCAUGUAUUGUACAUACUAUAGAGAAAAAAGAGCUUUUAAUUUGAGUAAACCUGCCGGUGUUAUAUGUAUUUAAUUUGGAUACGUUUCUGUCUGUGUAUAUACAUGGGUGAGAGUGUUUUUGGUAGGUGAAGUGUGCAUGUGCUGAAACCUAGUUCUCACAGGCUGUCAACCACAAUACAGACAAUGUGGACAGACCAUGUUAUCUGCAGUGAAAUGUUACAGAAGACACACAGUGACUAUUCAUAUCCAUAAACGUGUCUACAAGUGGCCUGAAGUUAAAACAUCUGUGGCCUUGAGGACUGAGCAGCUGAAAAUGAAAGCAGUAAGAAAAAUAUAUAAACAGUUUAAAAGACUAUUGUGUGUGUUUGUGUUAACUGUUGCUAUCAGAUAAAAUCUUGUACAUCCAAAGCGUGCGCUCUGUAGGUAUAAAGUACAACAGCAACAAUUUUAGAAAUCAGUUUUUUUGUUUAGUCUUUUUUUUUUUUAAUUGUUCACUUUUUUGAAGUUGAUAGGUUUAAUAUGGUUUAAUAUGUUGAAUGUACCUACAGUAUGUAAAAAGGCAAAGCAAAUGCUCAAUUCAAGAGAGAAAUAGCACUUGGGUUUGCAAAGUUUCCACACAGAAGCAAAGAAAUGCUACAUUUCUAAUGUUAAAUGCAGUUUAUUUGAAUUUUUUGUUACUUCAUUCUGUUCACUUACAACAAUAGUGCCCUAAAUAGUUGAGUGAAUGGUUUGACAUUUGGCAAACAGCCUUAUUUGUUUUCUUUCUGGGAGUUACACGAGAGGAUCAAUACCAUGACAGUCUGUACAGUCGGCAGCUGGUUAGCUUAGCUUAGCACAAAGACUGGAAAAAGGGGAAACAGCUAGCCUGGCUCUGUCCAGAGGUAAAAAAAAAAAAAAAAAAAUCCUCCUACCAGGCAUGAAUAUCUUGUUUGAUUAAUUCAUACAAAAACUAAGGUGUUAAAACAACACUUGGAACUCAUCAAACCAUGUUUUUACACCUAAUUUUUUGUGUAGCUUAAGCAAAUAAGACAUAAGGUGUUUGCCUGUAGUCGGAGCCAGGCAAACUGUUCCCCUACCGUUCCCAGUCUUUUUGCUAAGCUACGUUUACACAGUGAUGGCUUAAUAUUUUGUAAUGAUCUUCUCAUCUAAAUCUCGACAAGACUGCAAAUAAACGUAUUUUUCAAAGUGUCAAACUGUUUCUUUAAGUAGUAGUACGAAGCGCCUUCUUCCAUUAUAUUGCUUUGUCAUUAACUUGCAUAUGGAAAUCUACAAAUUCUCUUGUGUUGUUUUAUAAAAUUUGUUUGUGUUCUUGCAUACACUAAGAAACUGGAGACCGAGGAGGUAGUAGUACAUGUAGUACAUGACAUGUAACACCUGGGCACAGCUGGAGCCCAUUCACUUUGAUUUACUAUGUAUAGAAAUUUGUAGCAAUAUAUUCAAACAGUCAGUCCAUUAAAAAAAAAUCUUAUAAAGUAUAUCCACACAGUCAGCGUUAGCUGCUGGCAUCACACAUAGAGUCUUUUAAGUGAUCUUUGAUCUAAUUCAAUAGAACAGCAAGGAGAUCAUGAAGGGGCUGUGCCCUCGGACAUAAUUCUAAUGAAUUAUGAUUUGUGUGCGCUACCUCAGUUGAGAGGUACAUAUUCAGAUUUACUUAAAGUACAGGGUACUUAUACAUUAAAGGGUGUCUGCUCUCAUAAGUACAAUCUUGUUUACUGAAAUCAGAUGAUUUUAAAAUGUAUAAAAUUCAAAUUCUUUCUGAAACCUCAAUCACUAACGCAUCCUUGUGAGGAGAUGAGAUGGUUGGCAGCUGUGGGGAUUCUCCACGGUCCCAUGAUACACUGCAGUGGACUGUUUUUAUACUCGAGACACACAGUCACGCUGAGGUUCGCUUGCCUCGGGGAAGAUUGAUGUCAGUAUUUCUGAGAAUGUAUUUUUGGAGAAGUGUGUGUGGCCUAUAAUUAGGAGCAUUCCCUGUCACUCAGUCUGUACGUAGAAUAAAUGACAUAUAUGCAGACAA